AUGGCUCUGGAUACGCUCUCCAAAUCCGCCCUUGAAGCGCUCCUUGCGUUCCAUCUCGACGCUGUUGGUCAAAUACGGCAGAUGUUACAGGCAAAGAAUCCAGUAGCGUGUUCAUUGCAUGUAGAUAAGUACAUCACCGAAGUGUCUGACCCAGAGCCGCCGUUGCAAUCUCCAUUCUGCCUUCGAGCUCAGGACGAUUCAUCUGGUGUCCUACUCCCGAGCCCUCCUUCCACUCCACGUCGCCAGCGUGCACCCCGUCACCCGUCAUCACCACCAUCGCUCCGCCCGACAGACUCUCCCGUAUGGCAACGCGGUGGGAGGUCAGAGUCGCCUUCUCCCCUGCGAAAAACACGGAAGCGUCGAUACGUCGAGCUGUACGAUGAGCUGGAUACAAACCACAGCCUCGGAAUAGACGAUAGACCGCCUGCAAGGGUCCCGAGAAGAGAUUCACGGAAACGAUCACGCAGUACUAGUCCGGUUUGGCCUGUCCCAGGCUGGCCCCGCGGGUUUAUACCAAUCCCCAAGCGAAGAAAGGGUCAUGUUGCAAACAAGGAAAAUGAGAGGGAUUAG